ACGGGCGAUGGUCUUGCAGCCCUUUUUCGCAGUCCGGGGUUCGCUUUUCGGAACGAAAAUGUGAGUCAAGGGUAUCCCGGAAGAGGAUGGUUACGAUAAUCUUAGUCUUAUGCGUCUCGCGUUUUUAAACACGUGCAACGACGAAGAAGGAAACGGUAGCGGUCGGUUUGACGUUCCCAACUAUCGUAUGUCGUCUGCAAUCGCCGAUACGGUGUUCUAAUUCGAAUUAGAAUGUAAAUACAGCGCGGAGAAUCGUGCCGUUUUGUUGUCGACGUAGUACAGGCUUUUCCAAAAGGGGGUUAUACUAUUCAUAGCUUUUUUUUUCGGUUCGUUCGAAGAAAAUUGUGUUGAAAUGACGCAAACGAGACCUGAUCUAGAUGAAACGACAGAAAAAUAUUUCAAAUACUAUUUCAAGUGACUGGUACCAUAGAAAGAAAAUUCUAAGUUGGAAUGCGAAAUUAAAUAGUUUUACUUUGUUCUUGAAAUAUGUGCUUCAAAAAUUUGUUGACAACGAAAAUAAAUUGAGGAAGGAAAUGACAUUACAACGCAAGGAACCAAAAUAUUUGGCAAAGUUCCCUUUCUUACAGGACCCCACCAUGAACGUUCGGACACGUUCGAAGAAAUGAGAAAGUGCUCAAGCAGCAUUACCUUGAGCCUCGGCUGGUUUCAUUAUAAAGUAGCUGCUUGAAACGGUAUGGGUUAGAAAACAGGUUGGUUAUUCGAUACAUAAUACUGGAAAAAUGCGUUAAAUAUUGUUCUACAACACGGAAAGAUGUGGUGGUUCAUUUUAUUGUGUUAUGUUACCGUUGGACAUUCCUUACGCCUUGCGGCGUAUAUUUCUUCCGGCGGGCUUCACGGAGAAAUUCGAUUCGAAAAAUCUACGCAAACCUCUGUGAGAAUGAGAUUUUCACUUCAAGCUACACUUCAAUAUCCAGAUCAGCAAUGGUUUUUAUCGGUCACGAAGUUUCCUAUCGAUUACACUAUCGUGGAUGAUAGAUGCAACGAACGAUAUGUUGGGGAAAGUGUCAUCGAUUUGACAGAACUUGUUGGACCACUAGAUAUGCCUGGAAAUGAAACAGGAUCGGUGGAAAUUUCAGGAAUAAGUCUGACAGGUAAAAAUGGUUUAUGGGGCAAGGGCUUGAUACUUAAGGAUUCAUAUUCGGCUAGAACCAUUUGCGCCUCGAUCACGGUACUUGAGAAAAAUGUAGAAAAAUUUGCGGAAGCACGAUUUUACGGACCUGUGGCGGGAACUGUUUGGUUUCGAUGGUUAGGUGGUCAGGCUGGUGAUAACACCACUGAUACGAUGGUUUAUGCGGAUUUAUAUCACGUUAAUAAACAAAAAUUACAAAGUGUAGACUAUACUGAACAUUACUGGAAGAUUUAUGUAACCGACAUCUUUGAUAGUAAAGACAAGUCAAGUUGCAACAUUCUACAGACCGUUUUUGAUCCUAAUAAUGCUGGUGAUGGAAAAGCCAUUGGUGAUAUUGAUUCACGUCUAGGUAAAAUAAAAGUGACAACCAAACAUCGUAACAUGUAUAAAACAUUAUAUAGAGAUUCUGAAUUAUCUCUACUACCUACCGAUUUACUUGGCCCCCAUCGUAUACUGUAUUUAGUGAUUUUUCAUCCAACACAUGAUGAUUCCUUUUUAGUGUGUAGCAAGAUUAAUCAUCGAAAGCCUACUCUUGUGAAAACAUUAAUUAAUUCACAAGGGAUAAAAGGAGAAGUAACACUGACUCAAGUAACACCAUUUGAACCAACAUGGAUUAAUAUAUCCUUAACACCAGUUAAUAACUUAGAAACAAGACUGCGGUAUGCAACUAAAAUACAAUCAUACAAAAUCCAUGAAUUGCCUCCACAGACAACAGUGUCUUUAAGCAACCCCGAUGAAGUGUGUAAAACAACUAAAAACGUGUAUAAUCCAAGUAACAUUGAUGUAAUUAAUGUACCACCAGCAGGGCUUGGAACUCAAGAUCAAUAUGCUGUUGGUGAUCUUUCUGGAAAACUUCAAAAUCGCAAGGAAGGAUCAUAUCACAAUGAUAUUUUACCAGGAAGUGCAAAGCUCAGUGGAAUUUAUUGGGACACAUAUCUUCCACUUUCAGGACUUCACAGUGUAGCUCAUCGAAGCCUUGUCCUUCAUAAGUAUAAUGAAUCUGAUGAUAUGAGUGUCAUACCAUGGACAUGUGGUACUUUGAAUCUUUAUUUACCAGAUAAUACUGGACAAAUGCCAAUGAUAACUGCACAAGUUGUAUACAGAUACCCUAUUGUUGGUCAAAUAAUUUUCCGCCAACCACAAAAUGACCCUGAAAUGGAUACUACUAUUAUAAUUGAACAUUUAAUUCAUGCAGAUGGUAAUGCCUUAAACAAUUCAGCAUUACAUAGAUGGAAGAUUCAUAAUAAUCCACCAGGAAAAGAUUAUUAUAACUGGACAGGCAGAUGUUUGAGUGUUGGAGAACCUUACAACCCAUAUAAAGUGGAACAAGAUUCAAAUCAUCCUGAAUACUGUUCAACGGCUGAAAUAACAUUAUGCAGUGUAGGUGAUCUAACAAGACAUGGUACAAUUGAUAUUGCUGGCAGAAAACUUUAUGGGUCUCUUUUAACUCGAAAACUCUUUACGGAUACAAUGCUAUCUUUGUCUGGACCUAAUAGCAUAUUAGGAAAAGGCUUGGUAAUAUACGAUGAUCAUGGGCCACGUGCAAGAGGAGAAAGAUUAGCAUGCUCAGUAAUCAACAGAGUAUAUAAUCGCAAAGCUGUAGCAAAAGAUUGGUUUGGAAAUGGAGAGAAUAUUCCAUUAAGAGGAAAAUUGGAAUUCAUACAACAAACUGAAUAUGAUGUUACAAAUGUAGAAGUCAAUUUGGAUGGUCUCAAUGGAAUAAUGAGUGGAUAUCAUGUGCAUAUGACUCCCAUAGAAGAAGAUUUAGAAUUUCCAUGUGAAAGUACAUCUUUAUACGGACAUUGGAAUCCAUUGAAUGUCAAUGUAGAUAAUACACCACUUCCUGGCGAAGGAACAUCUGAUCAAUAUGAAAUUGGUGACCUGAGUGGAAAAUUUGGUACUUUGGAAAACAGGAAAAAAUAUACAUCAACUUAUAACGAUACAAUCCUUCCUUUGUUUGGAUCAAGAAGUGUAUUGGGCAGGAGCAUAGUGAUUCAUAAAAAGAAAAAGAAUAUAAGAUGGGCAUGUUCAAGUAUAGAAAGAGGAUAUUCACCAUCUGAAGCUAGCGAACUGCGAGCAAUUGCUUCCUUUCAUCAUCCACAAGGUUUUGCGUAUGGUUACAUCAGAAUGACGCAAUUAGUAUAUCGAGAUGGUAGUCAGAGCGAAACUGUAAUUGAAGUAAAACUCCGACAUCCUGGGAAACAUGAUCGUAACGUUACAAAAAAUCACAAUUGGGCAAUAUAUGUAAAUCCAGUUGGUGUUGAUGCUGCUGUGCAUGUGAAAGAUACUAGGUGUGUGGCGGGAGGAUAUAUAUGGAAUCCUCAUUUUACCCAAUUGGCUGAUCCUUUAAAUGAUGAGCUCUAUAGACAAGAAUGUGGGCCUGAUUUGCCAUUAAGAUGUUAUGUAGGAGAUAUAUCAGGCCGAUUAGGUCCGAUUAAUAUAGGAUUAGAAAGACAAGUUUUUACAGAUUCCAACUUUCCUUUAGGUGGAUCACAGACUGCAAUGGGAAGGUCCAUUGUUAUUUUUGAUAAAGAUUUUGGGCGUAACAGAUACGCUUGCGCCAAUAUCGAACCAGAUAAUGAUAUUAUAAAAUAUUCAAACAUAAGAAAACCACCUCGUUUUGUAGUGGCCCAAUUUUUAGAGGAUGUAAGAAAAGUCAUGGGUAUUCCUGAAUGGAUGUUAUCUAUAGACAAUAGAAAAACUAAAACUUUACAUAACGGUGCAUGCAUUCAAUUCCUAUUACAUUUUAAAGGUCCAAUUGUUAAUAAAUUAGAAGAAGAUUUUAACAAACUUAUGUCCACUGGAAGAUUAGAUGCACCAAGUUUAUACAUUCCAGGAUAUAUCUCUACAAAACGCAAGGCUACUUUAGGUUACCGACAAUGUGGAAGUCGAGACCCUAGUGAAAAAAGUUUUAAUCGCUUAUUUCUAAAUCAGUCUUCAUCAUUAUUACCACACUUCAUUUUAAUUAUAUCUGUAUUUAUUAUUAGCAAUACGAUAUAACAUGUAUUAACUAAAAAUGUUUUUAUUUAUAUAUUUACUAUUUUUUUUUUGGUCGUAAACGUGUUUCAGGAUUUCAUUACAGAUCUCUUGUCAAGAAUAAAUGAAAACAAUUAAUAGAAACUUUUUUUUAAUUUGGAUUUGUUGGACAGCUUGAAAAAUGGCGUCAUGUUACACUAAUUCAUGCUCGGUUGCGUAUUUUCUGCUUUAUAUUUUACAGUUCAAUUAUAAAAUCAUCGGAAAGCGUAGGAGUCUGCCGAUCUCUAACUCCAGUAAGUUGGUAGGUUGGUAGAUUCCAGGAAUCCUCUAGCACCUUACACCAUAUAAUCACACAUAGGGGGGUUUCAUCUACCUUCCCCGCAUCUAGGAUAAGUGGUGUUAUCCCUUAGUUUCAAUUAGUCUUAAUCUGGCCAAGUACCUUCCAUUGUGUCUGUGAUCCGUAACUAGACUGACAAUAAGCCUGAGCUUAGAUUAGCAUGGCUCUUGUGUGUCUCAACACCAAUCCAUAUGACUAAAGGGCCCGGAAGCGACCUUCGGUCUUCGGUCCACUGUUUGUUCAGUGCUCUGACAUGGCCUACCGAGACACCCAAAGAGCACACGACCGCCCCUUCGGCCCCUAGGGAGCCUCGUCUGGCUAGCUCGUGUACCCUUUCGUUGCCCUGGAUACCGGUAUGACCCGGCACCUAGGAGGAAUGUACCUUAUUGUUCCUAUUUAUUGGCUACAACUGUAAUAACGAACAUUUUUUAUGUAACAUUUCUUAUUACAUUAAUGAGAAAUAUUACAUUAAAAGGCUUAAUAUCAAAUUUAAUAUAAUUACAUAUUUAAUUGAAACUCGAUCGACUCUUAACGUAGGCUAAGAGUUAUGUAGUUGUAAAAAAAAAGAAUAGGAAAUCAGAGAAAUAAUGGAAGGAAUAAACUGCGUUUAGGAAUUGAAUGUAUUUAUAGGAAAAAGUCUGUAAUGAACGUCGGAAUAAUAAAUAAGAAGAAUGUUACUGAUCUUAAAUUUUAUUUAAACGGUAUAUAUUAUAUUAGUAACAUAAAUUGCAAACUUCUACAUGGUAGAAAUCUGUACGAAAAUACAAUUUCGAUAGUCUUACACCCUGCCUAAAAGGGACUUGUAGAGAGUCAGCAAUUGCGUGAAUAUUCAUUAGAUAUUUCAGUUAAGACGUACUUUACAAUAAUUAUAUCGCGCUUCGAUCAAAAAUCGUGUACACUCGUUACGUAUAUCAUACACCGAUAACAAAAUUUAAUUAUACGAUAAGUUAUUUCGAUUGGUGCAUGAUA